AAACAAAAACAGAUUCAUCUAUUAUUGAUCGAUACACACACACAAAUUUAUAUUUUGGUUUAAUUUUUCAAUUUUUCAUGGCAGAAAGUGAUGUUUCUGUUACUAAUCAAUCAGAGGUUGAGAGUGAAGAAGAGAGGUUGAAGUACCUAGAAUUUGUUCAAGUGGCAGUGGUGAAUGCAGUUGUUUAUGCAUCAAAGGUCUACAGUUAUGCCAAGGAAAACUCUGGUCCCCUCAAACCUGGUGUGGAGACAAUAGAGGGUACCCUCAAGACUGUUGUCAGACCUGCAUAUGAUAAGUUCCAUGAUGUCCCUGUUGAGGUCCUUAAGUUUGUUGAUCGUAAGGUUGACGAGUCGGUUACUAAAUUCGACAGCAGAGUGCCGCCUUUUGUGAAGCAGGUGUCGACUAAAACUAAAAACUUGUCUAAUGUGGCCUCUGAAGUCAAGAACGCUGGUGUGGUUGAAACGGCCUCUGGGCUAGCAAAAACUGCAUACACAAGGCUAGAGCCAGUUGCUGAGCAUUAUGCUGUUUCUGCUUGGCUUACUCUGAAUCAGCUCCCACUCUUCCCUAAGGUGGCUAAAGUGGUUGUACCUACAGCAGCUUACUAUUCUGAAAUGUACAACCAGACUGUACAGCAAACAGCAGAGAAAGGCUACAAGGUUUCUUCCUAUCUACCGUUGGUGCCUACUGAAAGGAUUGCUAAGGUUUUCAACUCAGCCGAGCCACAAGCUUGAAGCUGAAUGUGGAUACCCUGUAAAUGCUUGGUUUGGUUUGUUAAGUUUAACUAAAGUCGUAUGACAUUGCUUGUGGGUUUUUAAAUUGAACGUUGCUAUGUUAAUGGUACCUGAUUUGAUCAUGAGACAUGGAAAAUGGAUUCUUCUAUUAUAUGUACAGCUAGGGCUUUGUAUUGUCGUAA